CUCAGUCGGCGAUAAUACCGCGGGUCGCCCUGAGCUCGUGGCCGAGAAGUUCGCAGCGCCGUUCCUACCCCAGAUAAGAGAACGAAGCGAGCGUCGACGAUAUUAAGCAGAACGCACCGACGUACGUGGUACAUCGUAAUUGCUAAUCUGCAUUCGAAGCGAUUACACCGCGAAACGCGAGGCGCGAAUUAAAUAUAUAACUAUCAUUAUUGCAGACGAUCUGCAACGCGGUGGGCUUCGGAUGCUGGAGUAGCGCGAGAGCUGUAUAAUAUUUAAUAAUUGAGUGUGCGGAACAUCGCGCUCGGUGAUUUAUUGCAAAUCCUCGAUACGGUCGAGGCGAGGUUUUCUUUAGUGUGCCGCAGUGCUGUUGUGGAUCGUAUAUGGGAUCGUUGUGCGGGGUGCGGUGGCGUUUUUGGUUUUUUUUAAAUACCGUAUACGCAGAGUAUAUGUAUACUUGUCGUUAAACCGUGUGAUAAACACUGCAGUGGGAAAUAAUAUUUUUAUCGCACGUACAUGUGGACACCCUUCGCACCGCUGCCGGAAGGAGUUGGUCCUAAUUCCUGGCCUUUCGCUAGGGCGGAAUUAUACCGUCGUCGCAACCCCCGCCGUCGGGGGAAAAACGGCCCCUUACACGCCGAAAUACGCGACUCCUGAGGUCGCUCUUGAACAAGAACCGCGGCCUUCCGCAUGCGGUCGAAUCGCCAAUAGCACCGCGGCGGUAACAGCGGCCGCUAAUCCUGCACGGAGGUGGAGAGCCAGAGCAGGUACCUCGUUCCCAAGCCAAGGUGGAGUCCGAGGCCGACGGUGUCAAGAUGGAAGCGGAGGACCACCUCGCCAGGGAAUAUGUCCAGGAGUUUGUUCUCGACCACUUGGACCCCGCCGACGUCAAGCGCGAGAUGUUGCAGGUGCGUUUGGGUUCGCCGACGGUGACGGUGAGCGGGAGCGUUCUCCAGCUCCAGGGUCAAGUGGGUCAGGGUAUCGCGUUGGCCCCGCUCACCCCGCCGGCCCACGAACUAGAACAGCCCCAUCCGCUCUACGGGCAGCCCCACAUCCAGGUGCAGCACGGAGUCCUGGUCAAGGCGCCGCCGGGCGUCGCGCCCCAGCUGACGACGCUUUCGCACCCUGGAACGCCGCCGGACACGCCGCCGGUUUCGGCGUCGCCACCGCCGAUUCACCUCCACCGCGUCGGCGAUCGGGACCUCCGGGACCCGAGGGAUACGCGGGACCGUUCGACCCUCGGGAUCGGCCUUGGACUCCACCUCCCACAGGGUCCUGGGGGACCGCUGGGCCAGGAGGAUAUGCAGGUCGUAGGCGGGGGUGGAAUGGGAUGGCCCCCGCACUCGCUGAGACAGGAGCCCCUGGAUCUGAGGCCCCACUGUCCCCAGGAUCAGACCCCGGAACCUCCGCCCGAAUCUUGGCCGUCGCAUCACCACUUUCAGGAGCUUCAGCAUAUCCCGCGUCACGCGAGACAUCCCGACGACGAGGAGUGUGCAGGUGGUUGUCUGGUUGCAGGCGGCUACAUCACGGUCUCCGGUCACAUCGAGUACUACGGUGGUGUCGGAGGCGGUGGAGGCGGUGGUCCAGGAAUGGGACUCGGCGGAGGUGGCGGCGUUAUGCAGGGUAUGGACGACAGCAUGCAGGGGAUGCCGAUGCAGCCCGGUCGGCCGAUGAGCGUCUGCUCCGUAAGUUCCUGCGGAGGGCCGAGUCCUCACCGAGGUCCCGGAGGACUUUAUUCGAACUGCGGAAGCGGGACGGCCGACGAGCUGAUGAACGACGAACUUCUGAUGUCCCUCUCCGUCCGGGAAUUGAACAAGCGCCUCCACGGCUGCCCCAGGGAGGAGGUGAGUCAGGUGGUGCGGCUCAAGCAGAAGCGUCGGACCCUGAAGAAUCGCGGUUACGCGCAGAACUGCAGGAGUAAACGACUCCAGCAGCGACACGAUCUCGAGACUACCAACAGAAAUCUACAGAACGAAAUGCAGCGGCUUAAAAUCGAAUUGUCGCGCGUUCAGCAGGAACGCGACGUGUACAAACAACGGUGCGAGAUACUCAGGGCCAGGCAGCACCAUCAUCACCACCACCACCAUCAACAGCAACAGCAACAGCAACAACAGCAACAGCAGCAGCAGCAGCAGCAGCAACCUCAACCCCCCUCACAGUCUCAACAGCAGCCACCCCCUCAGCAACCCCCCCAAUCCCAACCUCAACCCCCUCCUCCUAAUCAACCGACUCCAGGAGCGAGUCCCGAGGUAUACCUGUGACAUCGACAACGUCGCGGCGGAACCUGCUGGACUUAGAAGUCCGUACUGUCGGGGAUCAAGACGCAGGUCCGUUCCGCCCUGAGACACGGUUUUUUUUCGGUUCGAUAAUUAAACUUGUUACAUUAGCGAUCGCUUUGAAUUGAAAAAUGGUGUAUAAUGGUUCUGCGAGGCGGAGAGAGUUCCACAUUCCUAUACGUAUGGGAUGUAGGUGAUCGAGACGAGGUCGAUAUAUACCUGCAUACAUGUUUGUAUUAUAUCUAUAUAUACACGGGCGAAGUGCAAGUGGGUGGGCGAGUGAGUGGCGGCCAUUUUGCGUCACCUGCUCGUUCGCCGCCAUCGCGCAAAACACCCACGCAGGUAGACGUGCAUUGUAACUAUUAUACUGCAUAGAAGAAGCGAGACGUCUGUGGAACCCUGAUUUUUUCAUUUCAGCAUCCAUCGCGGUCGGCGAUUUCGAGUUCACUUUUUGUUUUCUCGAUUAGUUUGGUGCAAGCCCCGUUUUGAAAGGCAAUCGUCCCUGGAUUUCGAUGAUACGAAGCUUAAGCAACCUUUUAUAAGGCACAUCUUGAUUUUACACGAAAUAUCUGGUGACACGAAAACUAAUGAAUGAUUGCAAUCAACAAUAAUUUCAUAGUUGGACCCUGCUAUUUUACACAUUCCGAAUCGUGCAGAUGUUGUUUGAAUUUCAAUGCUAAUUAUAUAAAUUCGAACCAAGCAUUUUGACGUCGCGUUGUGCUGAAAAAACCCAUGAACUUUACAUGAUUUCAUUGUGGAUAUUUGGUUCAAUUUGGUUUUGUACAACUGUUUCAAGAUUGUUAUUUUUCUUUGCAGAAUAUUGCCUACACUUUAAAACAUAGAUGGAUUUCUGACUAUCCGACUGCAGAUUUUUGUCGCAAUUUCACUUUGAUCAGUUCCAUAUUUGUCUCGUUUGGUGUAUCAUGUAUAUACGACGGAUGCCCGUAGAUAACUGGAAAUGGAUGGAUGGAAUGUUUUAGAGGGUAGAUACGGAAUUUUCAUCAAAAUCUUUAUUCUUCCUUCUAA